AUGCUCAAUCAAACCCCUGCUUCGACUUCCAUGAUCCAAGCUGAAACUUUGGAAUCAGAGACAACCAAGAAACGGUCACUAAUGGCUUCAUUUAAGGACGGUAAACCGUGGAUCACAGUUAUGGGCCUCGGUGGUGCAGGUAGCAACGCUGUCAAUAAUAUGAUCGCGUCACAACUAGAAGGUGUCGAGUUUAUUGUAGCUAACACAGAUUGUCAGGCGUUAGGACGCUCUUUGGCACCACACAAGAUCACGUUAGGCAAGGAUAUCACCAAGGGACUAGGAGCAGGAUCGAAGCCUGAGCUAGGCAAGCAAUCAGCAGAAAGGCAAAAAGAAGAGAUCAAGCAGAUGCUUCAAGACAGUAAUAUGUUGUUCAUUACCGGCGGUAUGGGCGGAGGAACUUGUACAGGUGCUGCGCCUGUUGUAGCCAGUGUCGCCAGGGAACUGGGUAUUUUAACAGUCGGAGUCGUAAGCACUCCAUUUCGAUCAGAAGGACCAAAUCGAACGCGACUAGCAAAUGCUGGUGUCAAGGAAUUGUCCAAGUAUGUUGAUACAUUAAUUGUCGUGCCAAAUCAGAAUUUGUUGGCAUUAGCAGACAAGCAAACGACUAUGCUGGAAGCCUUUCGGUAUGCGGAUGAUGUCUUACUUGAAGGAGUUAAAGGUGUCACGGAUUUGAUUGUUCGGCCCGGAUUGAUUAAUCUCGACUUUGCCGAUAUCAAAACGAUUUUGUCGAAUGCUGGCCGCGCAAUUAUGGGAUCUGGAAUCUCAAGUGACAAAGAUCGUGCUCGAGUUGCAGCUGAACAAGCGCUGGUGAACCCUUUGCUUGGUGAUUUGCCAACAGAGUCUGCUCGUGGAUUGCUCGUAACAAUUCGUGGUGGUGAGGAUAUGACAUUAUUUGAAGUCGAUGAAAUCAUGGAAAUCAUUCGCAAUCGUGUUCAUGACGAUGCCAACAUCAUCUUCGGUACAUGCUAUGACCAGUCGUUGGAAGGUUCUGUAUUUGUUUCCAUCAUUGUCAGUGGUAUUCAGACUGAUGUCAUCUCGCCGCCUAUUGGAAAAGAUCGUGCUUCGUUGCAGGGAACAAACAAGCAUGAUGAGUCUGAAGACGACUCACGGCCUAAUGUUAUCGAACAACACGACGAGCAACACAAGGGACUCUUUGCUCGUUUUUUUUCGUUAUAA